AGCGGACUACGUAUCCCACAAUGCACGAGGUGUAAAGUGUAACGUGCAGACUGGUGCGGACGUGUUUGACAGUUCUUCAAAAAUGGGGAACUGAAGUGAAAAAGACGGAGCGACGCUGAGUGAGGUUCGCCCUGAAACCACCCCCACAUCACCCCUCCUCCGCCCGGUGCCUUUCUAACGCGAACCCUCAUGUGUUCAUCGGCGGAGAAGGCGAAUGAAUGAACACGUGAAGGAGCAGAAAACAGACGGUUUCCAGCGGCCAAUGAACGUGGUGUCAGGCUGAUCGAAGACAGGGGAAAAGAGCCGAGGUCCCACUCUGUCCUGAGGUGUGGCGCAGACUAAUUAAACAGCACGGCGUCCCAAAGGGCCUAAAAUCCGAGGACGAAGAAUGUCUGCGGAGUGAGUCAUCGCUGUGACAGACGAUCUUCGGAGCUAGCCAGAGGCCACAGCUAACGAUCGUCCAGCGGAGCCCGGACAGCCCGUUUCUCGUGUCGGUAUGAUGCCAGGCGACGGCAGCAUGACCUCCAUCGUUCAGAGAAUCGCCCGACAGGCCCUCGUCACCUUCAGGAGCCCGCCCCGGGUCGGCGAGGACGCCGGUAAAUCCUUCCUGGAGAACCUCGGUAAACUGAAGAGCCUGAUGACGGAAGUGCAAGCCGCGGACCUGAAGCUCGUCCCGCGGAGAGCCGACGACAGCUCCCCCGGUGUGCCCUCUCCGCCCCCGUACCACCACGGCGCGCCCCCGGUCACCUACAUGCACAUCUGCGAGACGGACCAGUUCAGCAUGGGGGUAUUUCUGCUGAAAAGCGGCGCCUCCAUUCCUCUGCACGACCACCCGGGGAUGCACGGCGUGCUCAAAGUCAUGUACGGCAAGGUCAGGAUCAGCUGCUUCGACAGGCUGGAGCGGCCGGCCGGCAGCACGCAGGCGGCGCCGCCGCUUCCCGCGGCCCAUAUGGGCGCUCUGCGGCGCUCCGUGCUCCGCUCCACCGGGGAGUACACGGCGGAGAGCGGCCCGUGCGUCCUCUCCCCUGACCGGGACAACCUGCACCAGAUCGACGCCGUGGACGGCCCGACGGCGUUCAUGGACAUCCUGGCCCCGCCGUACGACCCGGACGACGGCAGAGACUGUCACUAUUACAGGGUUCUGACAGAAGCCGAGGUUCAGACCACGGAGCAGACGGAGCAGAAGGAGAAGGAGGUCUGGCUCAUGGAGAUCUCACAGCCUCCGGAUUUCUGGUGCGGAGGGGAGCCCUACCCGGGCCCGGAGGUCUGCCUCUGAUCCACCUGACUCACCUGCGGCCUCAGAAUGUCUCCUUUUCUCGGGCUGGUCUGGUUUGUAGACCCUGUAGUGGCACAAGGUCGGACACGGUUGGACAGACUGGGCUAAAUGAAGGAGAGUGUGAUUCACAGGGUCAAACCCCGGGAUUCAUUUCAGACCAGGCAGAGCAGGUUUCCCUUUAGAGAAACGGUACAGCUCGACACCAGGUGACCUCAGCGACAGGUGCCGUUUACAGUUCUGCACAGGUGGAAUACAACAACUCAAGUUUCCACUGGGCUCCGAGCAGAACAGGACCCAGCCAGUCCAGAGAUCCCUCUGUGUGUCUGCACUGAGGACGUUAGAGUCAGGAAACAGAUGAGUGGCUCGCUUCCUCAUCAUCUUCUCCUCAACUGUUUUCAGUUUUUAGAAUUAAAUCACAUUUCCAGGAUGCAUUUGGUCCUUAGAGGGAGGAGACUUUUCAGGAGCAGCUAAAUGUAAAGGUGUAACCAGGGAAAGUGUGUGUGUGGGGGAGGGGGGGGGGGGUAUGUGUCAGAGGUUUGCUUCCUGCUGGGGUCACCUGUUGUCGACUGCUCAACAACUAUGAAGACAACAAGCCCUAAAGGUUUUCUGCUCUGAGCUCAGUUUGAUCACAUGUGGACAGAUUUAGUUUUUCAUCGGCCUAAAAGGUUAAAAACUGAAAAUCAGAACGAUGUGAACAACAGGCUGAAAUAAGACCCCGGGAGGGUUUUUUUUUUUUUUUGCAUGAGUAAUGCCAAGAAAUGACAACUUGAUGAUGUGCAGGGUGCUAAUGCUGCGUUCCAGAAAAGUCGGGAAAUCUGAGUUUGCUGCUGGCAUCUUAGCCGGAGUCAUUGCCUCCACUUUUGAUUCCAAGAUGCAAAGUUCGGGCAAGAUUUCAGAGAAGUUGAAGCAUCACACAGCAGUGCUUCGAAUGACCUUUACACUACAUUUCAGCUUCUAGUGUUGCAUGGCCUUCAGUCUAAAGGAAGUGCUUACUGGUGGUACGCAGCUCUUAUAUGAACAGUUUCCGUCCUAUUUAUCCGAAAUAUUAUCUGUUGCAUGAAUGAUGCAUUCAUAAAACACUGAAACAUAACGUCUGGGUUUAUAAUGUGCUUGCUGAGAAUUCCAGACUUCUGACUGCUUCUUGAAUGCAGCAUUAAAAGCCAGUCUGUCCUGAGCCCAGUUGGACCACAGAGGGACCGUGUCCGUGUCUUUUAACCGUCUUCCUGCUUCAGGCUUUGUGGUGUGUGUUUGUUCAGAUGGAGAUGUGAGCCUUCAGGUCUCUGCUGACGUGGUUCGGACUCUACGAACUGUCUGCCUGCCUUCUGUUUCUUCGGAGACAGUUUGCUCCUCAGGACUGUGUUUGUGAUUUGUGAUUGCUGACUGAUUCUUCAGGUGUGAAGGACGUGCACUAAAUCAGGCUUCGCUGCUCAGUGACCACAGAAUAAGGAUCUGAAGUGUGUGUGUCCCAGUUUGAGGUGGGACUGAAUCAGGAUUUCAUGCUGUUGAAGGUUGUGUUUGUAAUAAAGUUUAAAGAGUGAACAGUGAUUAUUAGCAGCUCAGACUGAACAAAUCCUCUGCUACUUAAAAUCAGCAUUUACCUGUAAAGUAACACUGGUUCAUGUCGGCGGCUUCAUUCAAACGUUAUGUGCACUACAGGAAAAUGAUGCUAACUCGAUGCAGUGUGGGAAGUUAAACUGUUUGAAAUGUGAAACGAUAAAUUUCCACUGACUUUUAUUUCAGAGAUGAAGAAUAAAAACUUGCAGUUCAGGUCAGUGAGUGAGACCAACCUGCUCUGUGCUGUGUCGCUGUGGGAACGGAGACUCUUUGAAUCAGGCCUGAGUCUACAGCAGAUGCUCGUAGUUAAACGAACAGUGGCUGUAUCCAUGUGUUUCGCCUGUAAUGAAGAUUUUCUGUCUGUUCAUAUAAAAUGUGCUGUUUAUUUUUGCC